GACCACAUUCGAGUGUAAGUUUACGAUCAAUGGUGAAGCCUGUCAAGCGCGAGGGCUCAAGCUUGAGUCAGUUUCUUCCCGUGUUUCUGGAUCAUGGAGUUUGCCCCUUGAAUGCUGCUAGCAUCAAUCCGCGCAUUGGGUUGGGCCCGGCGAUGCUUGCGCAAGGAAAGACCCGGACGUACGCGCAGCGGAUCAAUCACAUAUGGUCGGAGAGGGAGCGAAGGAAAGAGCUGCAAGGGCUGUAUGAUCGGCUGAGGUCGCUGCUACCAACAACGGAAGCCUCAAAGAUGGAUCGAUGCGGAGUGGUGCAGGAGACGAUGGAGCUCAUCCAAUCGCUCAAGAAUCAAGUCCAGGAGCUGUCGGCGACGAGAUCCAUGCUGCUCGAGCACCGCAAGAGCGCCGCCAUGGAUCCUUCCAAGCCCAAGUGGAAUGCGAUGGCGAUGGCGGCAGCAGCGAGAUCGAGUGCUAGCGUGGGGCUGCACAUAUGCAAGUCGGAUGUGUUCGUCAACAUGAGCUGCAGGAUGCAGGCCAGGCUCUUGCUGAGUGUGCUGUGGAUUCUGCGCCAACACCAGCUGAUUGUUCAGGACGCGUCCGUCUCCGUCGAUGAUGCUUCGCGCGUCGCAUGCAUCUGCAUCCGUGCCAAGGCCUUGGACAUCGAUCACUUCGCCAAGGAGUCUUUGGAGUCAUCGCUAAAAAGUUUUGUGAACAAGUUUUAAAUAUCCAAAACAUGAGACGAUGAUUUGCAUGCCACCAUGGAGACGCAGAACCAGCUGGAGCAUAAACUCCUUUUCUUUUGGAUGUUGUAGUCCACGAGAGUGUUCUCAACUCCUCCAAGUUUGCAGUUAUCAGUUUGAAAUAUCUGUGUUUGUAUUUCUGGGGCAAGCAAGUUCAUUGAAUUUGUAUUGCGGUUGGUUUUCUUUUUGGAAUUGAGAGAACUUGCAGAAA